CCCCCCUGUGGGCGGCUGGGUCCAGAAGGGGCGAGCCACCACCCAGAACAGACCAGCCAGCGGAGCAGCACCAGUGCACCCGACGGGCGGCCGGCGGGCGGCAACCCAGGGAGGAGAUGGGCCUGGCCAUGGAGCACGGAGGGUCCUAUGCUCGGGCGGGGGGCAGCUCUCGGGGCUGCUGGUAUUACCUGCGCUACUUCUUCCUCUUCGUCUCGCUCAUCCAGUUCCUCAUCAUCCUGGGCCUGGUCCUCUUCAUGGUCUACGGCAACGUGCACGAGAGCACCGAGUCCAACCUGCAGGCCACCAAGCUCCGGGCUGAGAGCCUGCACAACCAGCUCCAGGUGCUCGCUGCCAGCCACGCCAACCUGACCAAGGAGCUCAACCUCACCAUCCGCGCCAAGGAUAGCAUCAUGCAGAUGAUGCUGGUUGCCCGCCGAGACCUGGACCGGAUCAAUGCCAGCUUCCGCCAGUGCCUGGCCGACCGGACGACCUACAUGAACAACCAGAAGUUCAUGGCUGCCAUUAUCCUGAGCGAGAACCAAUGCCAAGAACAGCUCAAGGAGACUAACAAGAGCUGCAACGCCUUGCGCCUCGAGCUGAACCAGAAGACCAAGACGCUAGAGGUGGAGUUGUCCAAGGAGAAGGCUGUGUGCGCCAGGGACAAGGAGGGUCUGGGGCUGAGCAAGAGGGUGGUGGAGGAGCAACUGGCUGAAUGCGGCAAGGCCCGGGAGCAGCAGCGGCAGGAGCUACAGCUGGCCCAGAGUCAUCUGCAGAAGGUGCAGUCCUUCUGCCUCCCGCUGGACAAGGACAAGUUGGCGGUGGACCUGCGCAACCUCUGGAGGGACUCCAUCAUCCCGCGCACCCUCGACGCACUAGGCUACAGCCCAUACCAUACCAUCGGCUCCGAACUGGUCUCCGUACGGAGAAUCUGCGACCACCUGCCCAACCUCAUGAGCACCAAGGUGGAGGAGCUGGCCCAGAGCCUGCGGUCUGGCAUCCAGCGUGUGGCCCAAGAGAACGAAGACCUCCAGCGCCAGAAACUGGAGGCUGAGCAGGCCUUGAGGGCCAGUCAGGAGGCCAAGGAGAAGGUAGCGAAGGAAGCCCAGGCCCGGGAGGCCAAGCUGCAGGCCGAGUGUGCCAGGCAGACCCAGCUAGCGCUGGAGGAGAAGGCAGCGCUGCGGAAGGAGCGAGACAACCAGGCCAAGGAGCUGGAGGAGAAGAAGCGGGAGGCCGAGCAGCUCAAGAUACAGCUGGCAGUCAGCAACUCCACACUGGACACCUGCAUAAGGGCCAAGGUGGGCUGGCGGCCCUGGGUUCAGGCGGCGUUGGUGGUGAUGUGAAGCUUGGUUUUGAAG